GUUACACUCAAAAGUGUUAACGUAUGUGUUUGUGUGCUUUCAGCACUAUUUAUAACUGUAUGCUGGUCAAAACGGAAAGACUAGCUGCUGGCCCUCCCUCUAACACCACCCCGCUUGGCUAGAGACCCUCAGUCCUGGUUAGGGAGAGAACAAGCACAGGUAGCAUUAUCCAGACUGACCUCAGAAAGGAUACUGACACAACCUGACACAUCGCAGACAGCAUGUCUCAACAUUCUCUGAUGUCAACGCAGGAGCGGAAAAUCCAGGCGGCUGCCAUUUGUAGAGAGAUCCAUGCCAUUGAUGAACCAGAGAUGGAUCUGGGGAAGAAAGUUAGCGCACCAAAGGAAAUCAUGUUGGAGGAACUCUCCCUGGCAUCAAACAGGGGCUCCCGUCUCUUUAAGAUGCGGCAGAAACGCUCGGAGAAAUAUACCUUUGAAAGCAUUCAGAAUGAGGCCAACACACUACACAGUAACAAUGCCAUUUAUCCCGGACAAGACAUUUUAAGCAAUGUAAAUGAUCUCGGAAAUGACCAGCCACCAAAAACAGUCAACUCCGCUCCUAACCCUGAGAAUAUCGCCCCAGGUUAUGGUGGUCCUUUGAAGGAUGUUCCAGCUGAGAAAUUCAACAGCACAGCCAUGCCCAAAUCUUACCAGUCUCCCUGGGAGCAGGCGCUCAUUAACGACCCCUCCCUUGCUGAUACACUGGUCCCACAAGUGCCCAAACCCGAGCCCAUGCAUGAGAUACCUCAAUUCAAGAGCUUCAACAGGGUUGCUAUUCCAUUCGGCGGCUUUGGCAAGGCACCCAAAGUUGCUGUUAAACCUCUUGAUGUGGAUCUGGGCAUUCCAAAACCCAUAACACCUGCAGCGGACCCCGUGAUCAGACGGCCCACCUUCAACAGAACAGCAUCAGGCUGGGUUAAUGACAGCGUACCCUUGAGACUUCACCUGGAACCCAUAUCCUCCAUGUCUUCCACAUUUGCCCCAGAGUCUGAUGACCUCUGAGUAUUAUCCUUUGUUUUUGUGAGCUUCAUUGUCACUGGAAUACAGGUUGCACUUUUCUCCGUAUGUUUACUAUCAGGGAAAGUUGCAUUAUUGAUAUUGAUAUAUAGAAAAACAAAAUAGACUCAAACAUGGGUAAAUACUUUUUUAUUUCCAAAAGGAAAUUCUUUAAAAAGAGUAUGUUUUCCCAAAUGCUCUUCAGGGCUCUGUACGACUCUAGAGUAAAGCAUGCGUUGCAAAUAUUUUAAGAGAUUUUACGUAUCUGAUUUUUUAUUGAAUUCACCCCAAGGCCGUGAUCUGUUUGCCAAAAUAUGAUUAUUAAAAUGUAGUGUACAUAUACAUGUAUAAAUUGCUGGUGACAUAAACCCAUUUAUUUA